GGGGGCGUGGUCGGGCUCGAGCUCGACCCAGUUUGAAAGUGAACCACCGUCUCCAGUGAGUCGCUGCUUCAGCCACCAAACAACAACAAGAAGAACCGACAGGAACCGACCAGAACCGACCCGGACUCUGCAGCAGCCUGUACCGGCCCUCCUGACGAGCCGCCAGUAUGAUGCGUAAAGACGUCAACAAGCCGAAGGGGAAGACGUCGGCGUACGCCUUCUUCGUCCAGACGUGUAGAGAGGAACACCGGAAGAAGAACCCUGAGCAGUCGGUCAACUUUGCUGAGUUCUCCAAGAAAUGCUCCGAGAGAUGGAAGGCUCUGACAGCCAGUGAUAAGAAGUGUUUCGAGGACAUGGCAAAGGCCGACAAGGUGCGUUACAACAGAGAGAUGAGAGACUACAUCCCCCCCAAGGGCUUUGGAAAGAGGGGGCGCAAGAGGAAAGACCCCAACGCUCCCAAAAGACCCCCGUCUGCGUUCUUUGUGUUCUGCAGUGAGUACCGUCCCAGUGUGAAGCAGCAGUUUCCUGGUCUGUCUAUAGGAGACUGUGCCAAGAAACUGGGAGAGAUGUGGAGCAAACUGUCCCAGUCUGAGAAACUGCCCUACGAGGAGAAGGCCCAGAAACUACGAGAGAAAUACGACCGGGACAUGGUGGCGUACCGCGGCGGCGGAACGUACGCCAGCAGGAAUCCUGGCUCCUCUGCUCAGGGAGGAGAGGAAGAGGAGGAUGAUGAGGGAGAGGAUGAAGAUGAGGAGGAGGAGGAUGACGAGUAGAAACGAAGAGCUGCAGCUGGAUGAGAGAAAGAGAUACGGAGAGUGUGUGAGACAGGUGUGUGUGUGUUUCAGAGGACGAGACAGAUGAGGAGUCUGACACGGACCAGACACACUGAUGCUGUCUAAUACACACACACACACACACACACACACAU